AUGCGCUUUUCUAUCGCCGUUUGGGGCGUCUGGCUAAUACUCGUUUCGUUUGGCGAAACAUGCGGUGUUGCUGUUCAUGCCACGCUGAUCCACCGGCUGCUUCCAUUUUUACCUGAAACGGUUUUGGAACAUCAAGACUAUUUGCGCGCAGGUGCUUUUUAUCCUGAUGCUUUCUACAACUGCUUAGGACUCAGUGACGUAGCGGAAGCCUCUCACUGGCCCCCUUUUUUGGCUGCUGGGGCUCAGCUCGUACGUGAAAAAGAGCAGGCCGGGGAAGAUGCUGGGCCGUUGCGUGCAUUUCUCUACGGCGCACUGAGCCAUCAGGUUUCCGAUGUGAGUUGGCACUCUCUUGGCGUACAUCAAGGGUUGUUGAAAGUAAUGGCGGACUCGGAGUUCAAUGGGAAUAUAGACGAUGCCCAUAGUACUCUCGAUGUGGGUGGAGACAUGAUCCAAGUGUACAGAUUGCUAUCCAGUGGGCAGAACAUUGAUUGGCUUACUGAAAGUUGGACCUAUGACUCCCAGGAUAUCAAGGAGAUUCUGGCAAAGCUAGGAUAUAAUUCCAUCUCAAGCACCCAGAUCAACUACUGCAUGGCGCAGGGUCGUGCAGCUUUGACUGCUGAACUCAAUGUGGCCAAACUUGGUUAUAUUCGAUACGCCCAAAAGUCUCCCACUAUCUUUGACCAGCUCGAAGACUACUUUGUAGGGGGUAUGGUCGACAUGCAUUUGCAGACCGUAGAGUGUGCGGGUAGUUUUGAGCCUUGGUUUGAGAAUGCGGUAUCUGAUCCGUGGGAUAUAUGUCAAGUUUUCGAUGGAAAACGCCCUCACCAUAAUAUCAAGCUUUUGUUGGAUUAUGAUCCUUAUGUUAACCAGCUCGGGAAAAUGAUCAAGAAGGUCAAGCCCUAUACCGAUAGCUUCAAGUCGACUAUCUCAGAACAAAGCAAUAGUAAAGUGGUCGCUGCCAAUCAGUUUUCACAACUUGGCAAGUCUGUAUUAUUCUGGGGUGGUAACUGGGUUGUUAGUGCCCCGGCGAUCGGUCAGGUGUUUGUCUUGGAUGAAAACCUAAAGGUGAAGUACGUGUUGAAAGGGUCAGUCAAGGAAGAAGGCGAGUUCUAUUCACGUUUUGGAGCAGCGCUUGCAACGCUGUUCCUCCAAGGUCAAGAAUUCCUGGUGGUAUCCAGUCCAGGUCAAAGCCAACUCGACUUUUUUGAUGUCGAAGGAAACUACCGGGGAACGCUCGUCUGGCCAGAUGCUAUAACAAAAUAUGGAGGGCAUGGUAUAAAGCUUGUCGGUGAAUCCAUGUUAGCCGAUUGGACUGGGCUUUACGUUGGAGCUCCCUAUGCAGAUGUUACAGAAACCCAAGACGGCGCGGUCUACAAAAUCCUGUACAAGGACAUUGCUGAGCUUGUUAUGCGAAAUGAUACUCAAUAUGUACAAGAUGAGCCUAUUUCGGGAGCAGCUAAAUAUGCGAGGUUUGGUAUGAAACUCGCCGCUAGCAACCAGUUCGUCCUCGUCGGAGCGCCUGGGUUGGCAAAAGUAUACGGGUUCGAUCCUUGGACGCUGAAACUGAAGCUAACUCUGGAUGGUCCACCAAAUAGCGGAUUUGGUGGGUAUCUUUUGGAGCAAUCACCCCAGGGAUACAUUGCGAUCGGCGCUCCUCUGCACGAUGAAGGAGGCACCCAGUCUGGAUCUGUUUUCGUUUACAAGAAUACAGGCCGCAAAGCAUUCAGUGGAAGCAGUUCGUUUGCAUACUUUGGCCACUCAGGCACUCUUUUCGGAUCGUCAAUAUACGUAGGGUCAGCCCACGCUGAAAACGAGCGGGGAGCCAUUUGGAGACUCGAUUUGAACCAGUACAGCUUUGAAAAACUCACAAGCGGGCUAACUCCUGGCAGUGGUGGGUUCGCUGCAAAGCUUGCCUCUAAUGGUACGCAUCUUCUGGUGGGUGCGCCAUAUUUCGACCAGCUCGGCGGAGUGGCACUAUACAACACCACAGAGUAA